CGUUUCCUUUCCGUGCUCGCACCACUCACAAUCAGAUGAGUGUGCAGUGAGGCAGCCGGGGUAGCUGAGACCUCAAGCCUGCCCUGGGAGCAGAGGCAAACAUGGCCCUGCAAUGGAUGUUUCUCCUGCUCCUCACACCUGUGCUGGAAGCACAAAAUCGUGGAAAAUGUAAACUCCCCUCCAACUGGGACUCCAAACUGCGGUUUGCUCCGAGGAAGAGCGACUAUGCCUUGAACGAAGUGGUGCAGCUCAGCUGUGCUGGGAAGAUUCCUGGAAAGUUUGUCCCAUCUGUCGCAGAGAUUCAAUGCAUUUCCCGAGGGGACGAGAUCCUGUGGAAUGAGACUGCCACCUGCAAGGAGAGAUGCCCACAGCCCCAGUGGGACUCACAGCUCCAGUUUAACCCAGACCAGAGAUUUUACUGGGUCACUGAAGAGGUGUCACUGAGCUGCUUUGUGAACGACGCUCCUCCCCUUGCUAUGAUCAGAUGUGCAAACUGGAAGGGUGUUUGGGAGGUGUUGGACAUUUCGGGAAAAUGGCAGAGGCUGGCACAGAAGCUGAUCUGCACCACGGCAAAAUGCCCAAAACCUCAGUGGGAUGCAAGACUUCAGUUUUUGGAGGACAAAACUGAAUACCCACAGAAUAGAGAACUGACACUGACCUGCCCCGAAGGCCUUGAGCCCUCCUUCCCUGAGGUCAAAUGUACAAAGGGAAUUCAGGGAGUGAGUUCUGGAAAGCCAGUCUAUGUGGAUGCCUGGUGGGGCAGGAGCAGCGCAGGUGCCUGGACGCGCAUUGAGGAGGCUGUCCUGUGUAUGGAAACGUGCCAAAGGCCCUCGAGGGACUCCAGACUACAGCUGGCACCAGACCAGGAGAACUAUAAGAAGAAUGAAGAAGUGAUGCUGAGCUGCCCUGAAGGUUUCCAGCCACCCUUCACUGAAGUCCAGUGUCAGACUCAGUUCCAGUAUGAUGUUUAUGGGACACCUGUGUACAAAGAAUUUUGGCAUGGAAGAGACUCCAAAGGUGCCUGGGUCCCCAUUGUGUCCCGUGUGGAAUGCACUGAAGUGCUCCAGGUUGACCAUAAGACCUUUGAGAUUUCCAGCACCAGCAUCCAGCUGAAAUGGACCUGCAGGUUCCCUGAUGCCUGCCACGGCAUGAGGGCCAUGUGCCGGCUGGCAGCACCUUCCUCCCCUCCCUGUGAGGCUGAGGAGGUGAACGGAGAGCAGAUGUUACAUGGCCAGGAGGGAACUUUCACCUGCUCCCCUCUGCAGCCCUUCACUGAGUACAUUGUCACCAUUGACUUGCCCCCCAACACAACCCUGUUCUCAUGGUUGUUCAUGACACGGGAAACAGUGCCGGACCAACCGCAGCAGCUGUGGCUGGAUGCCGACAGGGGCUCUCUCAGGUGGAGCGCGCUGCCCUCCUGCAACGGGGAGAUCAUCGGAUACCAGCUGAGCAUCACAGCCAGGCACGCCGGGGACAGCAGCGUGCUGGAGAGCGAGCGGCUGCGGCUCAAUGGCUCCGUCACCGAGCACCGGCUGCCGGAGCACGGCCCCGGCAGCAGCUACGCCGUGAUGAUCCAGGGACUGACGGCUGCCGGAGCCGGGGCCGCGCUGCUCAGGGAGUUUCACAGCAACAGCAGCUCCGACACCCCGCGGCCGCAGGGCAUCGGCUGCCGCAGCGCCCGCGACGUGGCCCCAUCGCAAGGGACGGCCGUGCUCCCCCUGCGCCCCAUCGCCCGCGGCUCUGAGGCCGCCAGGGAGCACCAGCUGAUCGUGGCCACGACGCGCGACGCCUCGCUGGUCGAGAGCAUCUGCUCGGGGCAGCCGCGCCUCUCCAAUGGCAGCGUGUACCUGGCCGCUGUUCUCAACCUCACCGCCCCCACGGACUUCGUGCUGGGCGACGGCAGCCGCGGGCAGGGCCGGCACAACGCUGCGCUCAGCCCGGGCCGGGACUACACGGCCCUUCUGCGCCUCGUCCGCCUCGGCCCGCAGGCAGAGAAGUUCACCUGUGUCUGCUACAGCUUCUCUGUCGGGCAGGAGCCGUCGUCUCUGCUGUACAGCAAGCCAGUGGUUAUGACAGUAGCACUGACUGUUGCAUUCCUGGCACUGGGGAUUUUGCUGCUUUUUGUGGUCUUCAGGCUAAAGUGCAACAGUUCAAGAGGCUCAGAGAACAGCAGCACUAUACCCCUGAGAGGAUGUCAAAAAGAUGUCUGCAAGCCAAACACACAGAUCCCGGUGGAGGAACUGCUGGAGGCUCUGAAGAUGUUUAAGAGGGAAGAAAUAGAGGCAGAACAGACAGAUGAUGAAUCAGUCAACAGGCAUGGUGCUGGGCUUCUUAGAGAAUAUCAGCAACUGUCCUCCACUUUGUUGCACCCCUGCAAUGCUGGAAAGGAGCUCUGUAAUCAAAACAAGAACCGCUACAAGAGCAUCAUCCCAUAUGAUCACUGCCGUGUGGUGCUGCAGUCCUCUGACAGCGGGAAUGGCUACAUCAAUGCCAGCUAUGUGGAUACCUACCGAAGUCCACGCUUCUUCAUUGCAGCUCAAGGUCCCUUGGCUGGGACAGUGGUGGAUUUCUGGCACAUGGUCUGGCAGGAGAAGACCUCAGUCAUUGUGAUGCUGACAGGCUUAGUGGAGCAGAACAAGAUCAAGUGUGAGCAGUAUUGGCCAGAGCAAGAGCAGGUCUACGGUGACUUCACUGUGACACUCAACAACACCUGGACCAGCACAGGCCUUGUCAAACGCAUCUUCAGCCUGCAGAAGGCAGGCUGUGCUCUCCCAAGAGCCGUGGAGCAGUUUCACUACCUGCUGUGGCCGGACCACGGGGUGCCCAGAAACCCGUCCCAGCUGCUGUGCUUGGUGGAGGUGGUGAACAAGAGGGUGCUGGAAACGCCUGCGGGCCCCGUGCUGGUGCACUGCAGCGCAGGCAUCGGGCGCACAGGCACCUUCAUCGCCCUGGACUUCCUCCUGAAGAUGGGCAAGGCUGAGGGGAAGGUGGAUGUGUUUCGCUGCGUGCAGCAGCUGCGGGAGCAGCGGGUCAGCAUGGUGCAGACCAAGGAGCAGUACAGCUUCCUGUACGAGGCGCUCCUCGAAGGCUUGCUCUGCGGCAACACCGGGGUGCCAGUGGAGAGCAUCGCCAGCCUCGUCCACUCCCUUCGAGAAGAUGAGACCUCAGGCUGCAACAGGGUCCUGGAGAAGGAGUUCAAGGCCCUGCAGAGAUUUUCUGAGUUGUUCCAGCUCCUGCCAUGCAGAGAAGCAGAGAAACCUAGAAACCAACCCAAGAACCGCAAGCCAGGGAUCUUGCCAGCGGACUCCUGCCGGCCCAUCCUGAUGUCCUCGGUGAACGCAGACGGCUCGCCAGCUUACAUCAACGCCGUGUUCGCCAGCACGUACACCGAGGAGGAGAGAAUCAUCAUCACACAGCUGCCUUUCCCCACCACGCUGGUGGAUUUCUGGGCUCUGGUCUGGGAUUACACUUGCACAUCGGUAGUUGUGCUGAAUCAACUCCAGGAGCUGGACAAGACAUACGUGCAGUUCUGGCCCAGCCAGGGUGAAGAUGACUAUGGCCGCUUCCACGUCCAGCUGAUCUCAGAGGAGCCUGGGGCUGGCUUCACCACCUGGACACUUGUCCUCAGCAACAGGCAGCAGCCCAAGAAAUCUGCAGUGGAAAUCCGGUUACAUCAACUGACGGACUGGCCCAUGCAGCAGCACCUUCCCCCACACCCUGACACCAUCAUCAGCCUGCUAGGGAAGGUGGAGACGCACCAUCGGCAGAGCCAGGAUGGACAUAUCCUUGUCACCUGCUGGGACGGAGCCAGCCGGAGUGGGAUCUUCUGUGCUGCUAGUUUCCUGUGUGAGCAGAUCCAAAGCGAGGGCAUGGUGGAUGUGUCCCAGGCUGUGAGGAUGCUGAAGAGGAGGCGGAGACAGUUCAUUAGAAAUGUGGAACAGUAUGGGCUCUGCUAUGAACUAGCCCUCAGUUAUUUGAAUUCAUUUGAAACCUAUGGGAAUUUCAAGUAGGGCCAUGACCACAGCCUGUCUCUAGAUGGGACUUCUGCUCCCUGCACAGCCCUUCAUCAGUAACAGUGGAAGCAAGAGGGAGAAAAAGGGAUGUGCAUGACCCCAAGAUGCUUCACUCUCCUGAAAAACCACCCCAAGGGUCCUUUGUGGCUUGAGAACACAGGCUAGACUGUCUCCAAAUUUUGGCCAGGCCUUGAAAUGGGAACCUGAGCCUCUGCCCAGCAUUUGUGAAGGAACUUCUCUGGAAUCACAGCCUGAGUAUGCAGACCAGAGCACAGGCACCAGGACUUCACCUAUGCUUCCCGAUGAAGAGAACAGCUGUCCCAUCCAGGUUCCCUUGUCCCCUCAGGUACCCCAAGGAAAGUGGGAUAGCACCAACACCCACAUUGUGUUUGGUCAGAGAAGUCUCAAACUGCUGUAAGAUCCAUGGUGCUCAGGAGCACAGGAUAUGUGUCCUACUUUGGGAGAAGCACGAAGCCCAAAGUCAACAAGAGCCAAGAGUGGGACAAGCCGUGGUCCUGCAGGGCUAAACUGGUCCUUCAAACCCCACACAAUCUCUUCCUGGGGCUGCAUCUUCCUGGUGCUGCUCCAGGUGCCAGUGCCCUACCAGCUCCACAGAGGCUCCCUCAUCAGCCUGUGCUGCACCAUGGUAAUCCCAGGUUACGCUGUCUCCGCAUGAAUAUGCUGGAUGUGUUUCAAACAGCACCAUAGAAACAGGUUCUGUCUUUGCUGCACAAAGGCAGAAGACUCCGGAACCAGGAGUGACCCCAUGGCUUUCUGUCCUGUGUCUCACCAAUAAAGGCCAGGGUGGUGGUGA